AUGGCAACUUGUUUUAAGCAGCAACCGCAGCCAAGCAUGAAUAAUGGAGAUGACUCAGUGAUACUCUUUUCAACCUCAAACUCCCCUGAAGAAUCCACCAGCCCUGCCUCUUCUUUCUACUACUCAUCUCCACCACCCCACCAUUCCAGCAAUAACCCAACUUACAAGCUCACAAAGAAGCCUAAGCCAGUUAGCAUUCUCAAAUCUGUCUCUUUUUCUGCCACAAGUUCUGAAAUUCUUGCCAUUGUUGGCCCAAGUGGCACUGGAAAAUCUACCCUUUUAAGAAUAGUAUCAGGGAGGGUGAAAGAUAAUGACUUCGAUCCCAAAUGCGUCUCGAUCAACGAUCAUCAGAUAACUAGUCCUGCUCAAUUGCGAAAGAUAUGUGGAUUUGUUGCACAAGAAGAUAAUUUGCUUCCUCUGCUCACUGUGAAGGAAACUUUGAUGUUUACUGCCAAGUUUAGGCUCAAAGGUAUUGGUGCAAAAGAGAGGGAGGAUAGGGUAGAGAGGUUAAUGCAAGAGCUCCGUCUUGUACAUGUCGCGGAUAGUUUCGUUGGAGAUGAAGAGAACAGAGGGAUAUCUGGUGGAGAGAGGAAAAGGGUAUCAAUUGGUGUUGAUAUGAUUCAUGAUCCACCAAUUUUGCUCCUUGAUGAGCCAACUUCAGGCCUAGACAGCUCUUCAGCUCUUCAAGUCAUUGAGAUGCUUUCUACAAUGGCCAAAUCAAAGCAAAGAACUGUGGUUUUAUCAAUACACCAACCCAGCUAUAGAAUUCUCUAUCACAUCUCUAGCUUUUUGAUCCUCUCUCAUGGCUCUGUUGUCCAUAAUGGUAGCAUUGAAUUACUCGAAGAAACAAUAAGCAAAUUGGGACUGCAAAUUCCAGUGCAACUUAAUGCAAUAGAAUUUUCCAUGGAAAUAAUAGAGACACUGGAAGAUUCGUAUUCAAGAACUGAUCAAAUAUCUGGGACAGAGAACAAAGAACCAUACUCCUCAUCAUGGCCAGAAGAAGAAAUUGUCAGAGAUCAACAAGAUAGCGGAAAGAUUGGUACAUAUUAUUUUUCUAGUUUGUAUGAGAUUAUGUUUUUGUGCUCAAGAUUUUGGAAGAUAAUUUAUAGAACAAAGCAGCUGUUCUUGGCGAGAACAAUGCAAGCUCUUGUAGGAGGAUUUGGCUUGGCAAGCGUAUACAUGAAAGUGAGGAAGGAUGAAGAAGGAGUAGCAGAGCGGUUGGGCCUCUUCGCUUUCAGUCUCAGUUUUCUCCUCUCUUCUACAGUUGAGGCGCUACCGAUAUACCUUCAAGAGCGACGUGUUUUAAUGAAGGAAGCCUCAAGGGGUGCCUAUAGAAUCUCCUCUUACAUGAUUGCCAAUACCUUUGUCUUCCUACCCUUCUUGUUUGCAGUGGCAAUUCUCUUUUCUGUUCCUGUGUAUUGGCUAGUAGGACUCAAUCCUUCUAUUGCUGCCUUUGCUUUUUUCACUUUCGUGGUUUGGCUCAUCAUUUUGAUGGCUAGUUCUCUGGUGCUCUUUUUGAGUGCAGUCUCUCCUGACUUCAUAUCAGGAAAUUCUCUUAUCUGCACAGUUCUUGGAGCCUUCUUUCUCUUCUCUGGCUACUUCAUUCCAAAAGAGAGCAUACCUAAAUACUGGCUCUUCAUGUAUUAUGUUUCCCUUUAUAGGUAUCCACUGGACACACUGCUGAUAAACGAAUACUGGAGCAUUCAAAGCGAGUGUUUCUCUUGGCAUCCUCAAGAUUACUCCCACUCAAAAUGUUUGCUCACAGGCAAUGAUGUGUUGAAGAGUAGGGGACUUGACAAGGACACCAGAUGGACCAAUGUGGGGAUCAUGUUCGGCUUCUUUGUGUUCUAUCGUGUGCUUUGUUGGAUAAUUCUGUCUCGAAGGGCUUCGAAAACAACAAUCUAG